CUUCGUUUCUUCUAAAGAGUGUCCGCUUCCCCUCCCCUCGAUGAAGCGUUGCGAUGCCCUCUGAUUUUAUAUCCCUUCUUAGCUCGGAUCUCGACCUCAAUUCCCCCAAAUCGCUUUACUCUAAAGAGUCAGUAUAUGACCUCCUCCCCAAAGAGCUCCAGCUCCAGCCGUCGUCCACCCAGACCGACCCACCCACCAUGAGCCAGAAGAGUGGGGGAGAGGCGGGACCUCCACCCUCUGCAGCCUUGGCCUCAGAUGCCACCUCUUCCACCUCCAGCCCCUCUGCCUCUUCCUCCCUGGCCAUUGGAGUCCCAUCCACUGGCCCCGCUACCUCAUCCUCAGACCAUCUCAAGGUUCCUCAGCAUCUCCAUUCCACUGGAGGGGAUGGAGUUGGAGCUUCAGAGAUGCAAGGUAUGGAGGGCGCUGUAUCUGCCCCCAGCAGAGGCAACAGUGGAGCAAACACUGCAGCAGGAGACAUAGGGUCAGGAGUGUUGUCAGGGCUAGGAGUCCAGCAGCCUCAGAACACCCCAUCAAAACGGAGGCCUGUGUUGAGCAUAUCCCCGCCACCUGAGGACCUAUUUGACGACAGCCAGAUGUCUUGCCAAGAGGAGCCUACCAUAUCUGGUCCACCAGGUCCAGACUCUGAGCAUAGCAGCAGCAUGUGGGCUGAUGACUCCGUCUCCAACUUCAGCUUGAUCAGCUCCAUCUCCUACAAUGACAACACAGAGGUGCCGCGCAAAUCUAGAAAACGCACGCCUCGCCAGCGGCCUGGCCCCAAGCCUGCUCCUCCGGAGGACAGCAUGGAUGUGUUCGAUGCUGACAGCGCCAAAGCCCCUCACUUUGUCCUAUCCCAGCUGGGCACAGACAAGAGCAGUGCCAUGACCAGCUCUCUUGAGUCAGGGACUGUUGUGAAGGGUGGGUCACUGUCUGCUCAGUUCCCCCAGAAGAGUGAUGGGAAGGAGCUCAAGAUCCUGGUGCAGCCAGAGACCCAGCACAGAGCUCGCUAUCUGACCGAGGGCAGCAGAGGUUCUGUCAAAGACCGCACACAGCAGGGAUUCCCCACUGUCAAGUUGGAGGGUGUGACUGAGCCAGUGGUGCUGCAGGUCUUUGUAGCUAAUGAUGCAGGCCGAGUGAAGCCUCACGGUUUCUACCAGGCUUGCAGAGUGACAGGACGCAACACCACUGCCUGCAAGGAGGUGGACAUAGAGGGCACCACUGUUAUUGAGAUCCCCCUGGAGCCUAGCAAUGACAUGACACUCGCGGUGGACUGUGUAGGAAUUUUGAAGCUGCGUAAUGCAGACGUGGAGGCCCGUAUUGGUGUAGCAGGAUCCAAGAAGAAGAGUACCCGAGCCAGGCUGGCUUUCAGAGUCAACAUCCCCCAACCUGAUGGAUCUGUCCUCACUUUACAGGUCCCUUCAUCGCCCAUCCUCUGCACCCAGCCAGCAGGAGUGCCAGAGAUCCUGAAGAAGAGUCUUCAGAGCUGCUCAGUGAGAGGAGGAGAGGAAGUAUUUAUCAUUGGAAAGAACUUCCUCAAAGGAACCAAAGUUAUUUUUCAGGAGAACAUUGCAGACGAUAAUUCCUGGCAAGCCGAGGCAAAGAUUGACAUGGACCUUUUCCAUCAGAACCAUUUGAUAGUGACAGUCCCUCCGUUCCACAACCAGUCAAUUACUUCUCCCGUUUCUGUGGGAAUCUUUGUGAUGACCAAUGCUGGUAGAUCACAUGACGCCCAGCCCUUCACCUACACUCCAGAUUCAGCUGAUAACUCAAAUGUCCGGACAGUAAAAACAGAGGGACCCUCACUGGUCAAGACAUGUAUAUUUGAUGGUCAGAUGAAAUCUAUGUCCUCUGAGCGGACCGACUGCUCUGGUCAGCCUUCCAAACGGCAAGAGGACACACCAAUGGAAGUGUCUAGCAAUCCACCACCCACAGAUGUUUUUAAGCCAUCCCCUGACCCUCUCGUCUCAGUGCAGCAGACCCUGGAGCUCAGUGCUAGUCCUCAUCCAGGAGGAGAGUCUUUUCAGAGCCCAAUGCCCCUACAACCUGAGGAUGUGGAGCUUCCCCAGGCGCCCCCUGUCUUUCCUAGCCUAGAGUCUCUCAGCACUAUACAAAAGCAAGACAUUGCCCCCACAACUUCCUUCCCAGUGUCAGGAGACACCACAAUCCCCCCUGUGACACCAGAAGUCCCUCAACAAUUCCUUAGAGACCCUCAGGAUAGCCUGCCUCCUGAGAGUUCUAACAAUAGUGGGGGGGUUGUAGUUGUGGCCAUGCCCCAGAUAGCAACUCCCGCUCAGCCCCAGCCACAACAGUCACAGGUUCCCUUGUUCCCCCAGGAAGGGGUGGCGCAGCUGGAGAGGGCAGUAAGGGAGCUACAGGCUGGAGGUAACACCACGCUCCAACAGGUGUUGGAGGCAGCUGUAGCCCAGCAGCAACUAAACUCUGUGCUUUACAGCCCCACACCCUCUGCAGACUCUCUCCAGCAGCACGUCCAGGAGAACAUGAACAGCCUUAGAUUGGGAACCACAGAUAAUUCACUUUCUACACAACAACAGUUACAGAUACAACAGCAACAGCAAAUGCAACAACAACAGCAGCAACAACAACAAAUACAACAACAGUUUCAACAACAUCAACAACUGCAGCAACAACAGCAAAUCCUUGGUAACCUUCAGCAUCAACAACAGCAGCAACAUCUACAGCAACAACAGCAGCAGGUCCUUGGCAACAUGCAGAUCCAACAGCAACUAAUACUACAGCCACAAGACCAACAACAGCUGCAGCAGCAGCAACUCAUGGAGAAUAUCCAACAGCAGCAACAGUUACAACAAAAUCAGCAACAGCAAGUCCUAAACAACAUCCAACUUCAGGAUCAGCAACAACAAAAUCAAAUACUUACAAACUUACAACAACAUCAGCUACAACAGCAGCAACAACAACAGCAGCAAAAUCAGGCAUUGAGCAACCUACAACAGCAACAACAACUACAAGAGCAGCAGGUCUUGGAGAAUUUGCAGCAGCACCUUCAAGCUGAGUUGCUGCAGCCCCAGAUCCACUCCACCACACAAGUACAGCAGCCAGUGUCCCUCCUUCAACAGGCUGGAGAGCUGCUCACCAUUCAGACCAGCUUCCCAACACAGCCUCCAUCCCACACAUCUCCCCCACAACAGCUCUUCCAAUCACCCAGGCCCCUUGCUGAGACCCAGGGCUCUCAACAGCAGGUCCAAGCUGCCCUGCUCCAGAAUACACUGACUGUUCUGACCAGUGGCAGUCUCAACUCAGAGCAGCAGUCCCCUGGGUCAUCACUUUACCUGUCCCCAAACCCUCAGCCCCAACAACAGCAACAACAGCAACUGGCAUUUAUCUCCUCCAUGGAGACAUCUACCAGCCAACCCCAGCCCGUUGCAAUGUUUCAAAACCAACCCCAAGCUCAGCUCUCCCAAAUGCAGCAACAGAGCACCCCCAUGGAGCAGCAGCAGUCUGCGCAGCAGAACCAACAACAGCCACCACAGCUUCCAAUGGGCCAGCAGGGCUCCUUGUUCCAAAGUAUCCCAAACCACUCACAGGCUAACCCCGCCUCCCAGAGCCAACUCUCCCAACCCCAGCAGACAGGUCUGCUCCUUUGCACGACAGAUCUUAACCCUCAGGCUAUUCCCCCAACUAUUCUCUUCAGCACCCCGACUCAAGGCCCUUCCCCUAUAGGGAGCAUUAACGUUGGAAUCCCUCAGCCAGACCCAGCAGAGCCCAUGUCCUUCCAAGACCAGAGCUCCUCAGGCACCAACUCAGCAUCCACUGAGAACCAACAGCAGAGCCUGUUCCAGGAGCAGCAGCCAAUGCAAGUGGGCCCAAGCUCCAGCAGUGUCCCAAGCAGUCAACCUGUGGAGCUGUUCCUGCCACAGACAUCUCUGUCUAGCCUGCAGAGUACUAUUGGCUCACAGGAGCUAAACAAUCAGGCUCCAGCCCCUGGCACAACCAUCUUUGUGGUUCAAGGCGGUGUGGGUGUCGUAGCCAGCCCUGGCCAGCAGCCCCCAGAGCAGCUUUUCCAGACAACUGUGGGUGGGAAUGUGGCUCCACAGGGACAAGCCAACCUGUUUGUGUUUGGCAUCCAGAAUGACUCGCCCCAGCUGCUAAAUUCCUCCGGACCCGCUCUGCCAGCUCAGAGCCAGCCCCAGAACUCCAGUCACAUGCAGCCUCUGUUGGACCAGCCCAUGGCCCAAGCUGCCUCUCCAAUGCCGGCGACCAUGCACAGCAGCUUACAGAACACCCUCCAGGCACAGAUGCAGUCCAGCUUAGAGAGCGCCAUACAGACCACCCUACAGAAUGCAAUGCAGACAAACACACAAACAGCUCUGCAGUCCAGUUUACAGGCAACCAUAGAAACAAGUCUGCCAACUCCAAUGCAGACCAGUCUACAGACACAAAUACAGAGCAGCUUACAGAAUCAAUUGCAGGCAUCAAUAUCUGCAUCGUCCAACAUGGAUAAAAUUGAGGACCUACUGGAAAGCCUACAGAAGUAGUGAUAAAUAUUUGGACAAUGUGGGCACUAAGGAGAGUGAGUGAUAUGUAGCUGAGAGUUAUACAUCCUAACAUCAACAGAGUGGUGGUGCAUGUUUUUUUGUGCCAAUGCCACAAAACUUAGAAAAAUUUAAGAAUUAAAUUCCCCUUUUAUCUAAAACCCAAAUUAUGAGCUCAUGUAACUCAUUGUUUUUAUGAAAUAUCUAUCAUUAAUCACAGCCUUCAUACAUCCAUUGACCUUGAAUUGAGGAAUCCGCCUUUGUUAUUACCCCUCUUGCAGGAUCAGAGAGGCCUGUAAUAACUGCUUUAUCCAUCAGUCUCAGAAAUGCAGUGUUUUGUUGUCAGAGUGUUUUAAUAAUGUGAGUC